AUGCCACAUUUACUGCGUAAAUUAACAAGUUGUGUACAUCGAAAGACACAUCAUUCGAAAGAUUUCAAUUCAAAUGUUCUUGAUCGAAGACAAUACUUUUUUCUUUUAAGUCGAUUGGAAUUAUUACCGGAUGAAGUUCUUAUUGAAAUAUUUCAAUACAUUCCACUCAUUGAUUUAUUCAAUGCAUUUACAAAUUUAAAUUAUCGAUUCAAUUUUCUUUUACGUUCUCUUCAAUUAGGUGUUGAUAUUCAUCAAAAUGAGUCAAACAAUCAACAUCUACUUCAAGCACUUACUUUCUUUGCGAAACAAAUUCAAUAUAUCCAUAUAGAUCGACAUCCGUUCUUAAAUUUGAAUAUAUUUCCAAAUCUUCGUUCAUUGAUCAUUUAUCUUCCAACAACGAAACAAGUCUUAUCAAUUAAUUCGAAUCAAAUGCCAAAACUUCGUCGUCUAUGGAUUGGAAUUUUAGCUGAAAAAGAUCAAAAACAGUUGUGUACAUCUUUAUUUGGGGAAAAUCAAUUUACAAAACUUGAUUUUUGUAAUUUAUUUGAAAUAAAUUUCAAUGCAACAUUGAAUUGUUGUCAAAGCUUAUCAACUCUUCGUCGGUUAAUUUUAACCAAUUGUCAAACGAAAGAUUUCAUUAUUCUUUUAUCUUUUUUACCCAAUUUAACUGAAUUGAAUAUUUGUAUAUGUGAUGUUUCAACAACUUAUUCUCAUAAUUUAACAAAUUUUUCUCAUGAAAAUCUACGAAUAUUGAAAAUUGAAUUCGUGGAAAAACUUUCUCAAUUACAUAUUCUUAAUUGUCUUAUAUCAUUUGUUCCGUAUGUUCAACAGUUUACUUUAUUUCUUGCGAAUUUAAUUCAAAUUCAAGAUUACAUUUAUUUGAAAAAUAUCCUUUUGGAAAAUUUUCUCCAAUUGAGAAAACUCAUCUGUUCAAUUGAUUAUUAUUGUCAAUUAACAAGUAAUGAAAUGAAUAAUACAUUUCAAAAAUUAAGAAAGAAAAUUCCAUUUUAUCAAACAAUCAGCGUCAUACCUUGUUCCAUACACCAAGAUCAAUGUGUGCGAAAAAUAUGGAUGAAUAAGACUUUUAUUUUAUAG